AUGUCAUCCCAAUCACAGAAUGACACUGCAAAACACUUCCGCACUCUCCACGUCCCCGGCAAACCCCUCAUGCUAACAAAUGUCUGGGACGCCAUAACCGCCAACACCAUUGCAUCCCUGCCAGGUACAAAGGCUCUAGCAACGGCAUCCUUCGCGAUUGCCGCCGCCGCCGGCCUAUCCGACGAUGACCUGGAUCUAGACACAAACCUGCGUGCCGUGCGUAUCAUCGCAAAAGUCGCAGCCGCUCACAGCCUCCCCCUGUCCGUCGACUUCCAAGACGGCUUCGGUGCCGACCUCGAAGACGGUGUGCGCGCCGUCAUCGAACUCGGCGCCGUGGGCAUCAACCUCGAAGACUUUGGACGCGAGACAGACGGCUUGUAUAGCACCGAGGCUCAAUGCGAGCGUAUCCGCAAAGUGCUCGCCGUGGCAAGGGAGCAAGGUGUUCCGGAUUUCGUGGUCAAUGCGCGUACAGAUGCGCUGUUUGCUGGGAGAGAUGUGGAUGAGGCGAUUCAGCGCGGGACAGCGUAUUUGGGGGCCGGGGCAUUUAAUGUGUUUAUCUGGGGCGGACCGACCAGACAGGGGUGGAAGAGGGAGGAGGUCAGAAGGGCGAGCGAGGCGCUUGGUGGGAGGUUGAAUGUUAUUCUCAUCAGAGGGAAGACGGGGGGGUUGAGUGUUAGUGAGAUUGGGGAGCUGGGUGUUGCGAGGAUUAGUGUUGGGCCGGCGCUGAUGAGGUGGAGUGCGGAGAGGAUUGGGGAGGAGGCUGAGAGGAUUUUGGAGAAGGCGUGA